GACACCCUUUCCUCAGAGAAAGAAAGGGAAGAAAAGAUACUAAAUCUUCCAAGUUUCUAACUGAAGCAUGUUUCAUAUGUUCAAUUCUAGUGUCAUCUUUAAAGCACCUUCUUACAUGGGUGUGCCAAUCUUGAAAUACCAGAAACUACUCUCUUCAAUUAUCAGUCUUCUGUUAAUUGUUACCAGUUUUGUUUUUGCAAAAACUUUUGAUAAUAGUUGCAUACUUGAUAUUCAUCUUUCUCCAUCUAUAGACGACUCAGAUUGCAUACCAGGCAACUGGGGUGGAUUUAUCAACAAUAAUUGUUGUGGAGCUGUUUUUUAUGAGUACAUCUAUGCAUUGGGGAAGAGAGCCAACAUCACUGGCCAAAUUUACUUAAAUUCUGCAGAACAAAAGGCCUGCUUAAUUUCAAUGAAGCGUGCCUACAAUGAUGUUGAAGAUUGUGGAAUUGAGAAGCUAACUGGUGGAGAAGGUGGCUGCUCCAGUUAUACUAAGGCAGAUGUUUCGAGUAAGCUUGGAAACAGAAUGAACAGUUUAGAUGAAGACUGUAUGCUUAUAAAUUCAGAUGACAAACAUGACCAGAAUUGCAGAGCAUGUUUGAGAAGGUGGGAGGAGAUUGGUGGAUCACCAAACAAAAGUGACAUGAAUUCUGAAGCCAACAUGUGUAGAUUUGCAGUGUUGAUAACAUUAACCAGCAACAUGAUUGAUGAUAAUAAAAGGGUCCAGGCAAUUUAUAAUUGCCUUGGAGUGCAGAAUCUCUCUGUAGGAAAUGGACAGGGAGGCAAUUCUCAGAGUGGUGAUACCAAGCAAAGAACAGGUAUAUUGGUUUUAAUCACUGGGCUAGUGGGACUUGGGGCAAUAACAUGCAUUGCAGUAUCAGUAUGGAUCUUUUGCAGAAAAAGGACUAAAGAAAACCUGCCAACUACCAAGAAUGGAUCAUACGAUUCGUGUUCUGAGCCGUCCAACAAUCUCAAGAUAUCACCAAAGGAAAUUUACUUGGCAACAAACAAUCUCAAUGAAGCAAACUUCAUAGGCCAAGGCGUAGCUGGAAAGGUUUACAGGGGGAUACUGUCUAAUGGGCAGCAUGUCGCAGUUAAGCACAUAAUCAAUGAUGGACAAAUGGAGACAUUUGUCCGAGAAGUUACAAGCCUAUCCCACAUCAGACAUCCAAAUCUUGUUGCUUUGCUUGGCUUCUGUGAGCACAAAGAUGAAUAUUUCCUAGUUUAUGAGCUGUGCAAAAAUGGAAACCUAUCAGAAUGGCUAUAUGGUAAAGAUAGAGUUCUUUCUUGGAUCCAAAGACUUGUGAUUGCAAUUGACAGUGCUAGGGGUCUUUGGUUUCUCCACAGUUAUCCAGAAGGCUGUAUUGUUCACCGCGACGUCAAGCCAACCAACAUUCUCAUAAAUGCUAAAUUUCAAGCAAAGCUCUCAGACUUUGGAUUAUCAAAAGUAAUGGAUGUAGGUCAAUCCUAUGUGAGUUCAGAAGUGAGAGGUACAUUUGGUUAUGUUGAUCCUGAAUAUCGGCAAAAUCACCAUGUAAAUGCGAAGGGUGAUGUCUACAGUUUUGGGAUUGUGCUACUACAACUAAUCUCAGGGCAGAGGGUGAUCAAUCUGAAUUUGAAUAGACCAAUGCAGUUAAACAAAAUGGCAAAAUUUCUCUCAAGAGGUGGUAAUAUAACAGAGUUCGCUGAUCCUAAACUUAGUGGAGAGUACUCGGUUGAAGCUUUUGACCUGGUAAUAAAGCUAGCCCUGUCAUGCACAGGAAUUAAGCAGGAAAGGCCAUCAAUGGAGAAAGUGGUUCUGAGACUAGAGAACGCACUUGAAAUCUCUAUGAAAAUGAAGUCAAUCACGUAUGGUUGAGAACCAUGAACUAAUCGAGAAAAAAGGAAGAAAACAAAUUCUUGCUUUUAUUGCAUCUUCUGAUGAAAGAUUUUUACAACAAUGUAAUAAAGUAUUAUUGUUACAAUCUGGAAAACGAAUUACAGCAGGAUGAUUUCUUCGUAAAAA